GAGCACAGAGAGAGGCCGAGAGUAGCCGAGAGUAGCCGAUCGUGCGGUCGGGAGAUCGGUCUGUUGCCAUAUAAAAACGAUUGCAGCGCAGUGGCCAAGACACUCGCGUCAAGGAAGCUGAGCUGCAACGAGUGUGCGGUGCGUGAUAACCGGGAUUCGAAAGUGAUCGAGAUCAAGCUACUGUGUACCGUGUUAGACCCAAGUGCUAGACCCGAGCACUAAAGAUACAAGCACCAAGGAAUAGUUCUUAAUAGACUGCAUUAUUUGAGCAAGAUAAGGGAAAAGUGUAAAUUGGUCAAAAUGGAUGUGGAAGAGUUUCGCAAAUACGGCAAGGAAGUGAUUGAUUAUAUAUGCCAAUAUGGCACUAACAUAGAGGAGCGUGAUGUGGCGCCCACCUUGGAUCCGGGUUACCUCAAAAAACUGCUACCAGCCGACGCUCCCCAGUCGCCGGAGCCGUUCAAGGACGUGCUCGAGGACUUCGAGCAGAAGAUAAUGCCGGGCGUGGUGCACUGGAACCACCCCAAGUUCUUCGCCUACUUCCCAUCCGGCAACUCUUUCCCCUCGGUCCUAGGCGACAUGCUAAGCAGUGCCAUUGGCUCAAUUGGCUUCAGCUGGGCCAGCUGUCCGGCGGCUGCCGAGCUGGAGACGAUCGUGAUGAACUGGUACGCCAAGGCCCUCGGUUUGCCCAAGGCCUUCGUUUCAGAUGCUCCAGGCAGCACAGGCGGCGGCGCCCUCCAGGGAUCCGCCUCGGAGUGCGUUCUCGUCUCUCUAAUCGCAGCCCGCGCACGAGCCAUCAGCGAGCUAAAGGGUCAGACCAGCGUUCACGACAGCGUUUUCCUGCCCAGCCUGAUCGCCUACGCCAGCCGCGAGGCACACUCCUCCGUGGAAAAGGCCACCAAGAUGGCCCUGGUGAAGCUCCGGAUCAUCGAUGCCGACGAGCAUGGACGCAUGCGCGUUGACCUACUGCGCCAAGCAAUUCAAAACGAUGUGAACGCCGGUUUGACACCCUUCUUUGUAGUGGCCACUGUGGGUACCACCGGCGGCUGUGCUUUCGACGACAUCACGGAGAUCGGAAAGGUAUGCCGCCAGGUGUCGAGCAUUUGGCUGCACGUAGACGGCGCCUACGCGGGAAACUCCUUCAUUCUGCCCGAGAUGCGUGUCUUUUCCGCCGGACUCGAAUACGCCGACUCCUUUAACACAAAUCCCAACAAGCUCCUGCUGACGAACUUCGAUGCCUCUGCCCUGUGGGUGCGGGAUGUGAUGAACCUUAAGAGCGCGCUCAACGUGAAUCCACUCUACCUACGACACGAGCACUUGACCGGAGUUGACUACCGCCACUACGGCAUUCCCCUGAGUCGCCGGUUCCGGGCGCUCAAGCUGUGGUUCGUCUUCCGGACAUACGGCAUUCGAGGCCUACAGGAAUACAUUCGAAAUCACAUGGCGUUGGCCAAGAAGUUUGAGAUGCUUGUCCGCAAGGAUGAACGAUUUGAGGUCCGGAACGACGUUCACCUUGGCCUAGUUUGCUUCAGAAUGCGAACUGGUGACGAGCCCAACCACAUGCUGCUCGCACAGAUCAACCACUCGGGCAAGAUGCACAUGACGCCGGCCAAGUUCAACGGCCGCUACGUUAUCCGCUUCUGCGUCACCUAUGAGCACGCCACUGAGAAGGACAUCCUGGAAGCUUGGACCCAAAUAAAGUGCUUUGCCGAGGAAAUACUGCGGGACCACCAGUUGGAGUCCAGCUCCGUGCCGACAACGCCGGAAGGCUCAGAGCGCACGAGCUCAGAGCCAGUGGCCCCAGUGGCGGGCAAGCCACCCAUCAAAAAGAGGCUGACCAGGACAAAGUCGUUGCGCUUCUCCUUUACGCGCAGCAUCUCGCGGGAGCAGUACCAGAGCCAGAGCGAACAUUUAAUGGAUGGGUGCACACCCAUCCUGGUCGUGGAUCCUAAAACUCUUCAGGAGAACUUCCAAAAGGCGGCGGAUGACAAUGAUAGGAACAACAGCAAUGGCAACGUAAAACUCAAAGAUAUAUCCGACGUGGAUACGGACGAGGCGAGUAACUGAGCGUCGACCCUAAAGGGAUUUUGCGGAUUUACCUCUACCUAGUAUUAAUUGUCGAGCUGAAAUGAGGCAUGAACCAAUCGUCUACCGACUAACAUUGCUCAGUUUGAAUUUAAGAACAUCCAUUUAUGUAUUUUUAGGUCCUUAGUUGUUGCUGAAUAUAAUGUAAUUAAAGGAUAGACUCUUUUGUAACUGCUUAUAUCUUGUACCUACCUUAAGUUACUAUCAUGAACAAAAGCACUUAUUUAUAAACAUUA